AUGACGGUCACCUCUAGGGGGCGCGAGAUGAUAUGCAUCGUCUCUGUGCUGGUCGGUCUUGCCCUAAUUUCCGUUAUUCUGCGGGUGUUCGCCCGGUUAAAACGAAGAGUUGGAUUUGGGAUGGACGACUACCUCUGUUUUGUUUCGACAAUUCUUCUGAUUGCUAUGCUUAUUGAAUUGGUCCUCUGGGUCACUAUCGGAGGCAAUGGAGCCCACAUGGGAGAACUGGACAAGAAGACUUUAACAAAUUUCUCAAAGAUCUUCCUCGCAAACCAAUUCACAUACUUCGUGCUCUGUCCUUCAAUCAAAAUUUCCAUCAUAUGCUUCUACCGUCGAAUCUUCACCAUGAAACCCUUUCAAUGGACGUCGUUUGCCCUCAACACCCUAAUCGCAGCAUGGGGAGCUGGUAUCUUCCUCGCCUGCGCCCUGCAAUGUCGUCCUUUAAAAGCCUAUUGGGACAAGAGCAUCGAUGGUCACUGCUUCAACGGGAACGAAUUCUUCAUCGUCAACCAAGCCUUCAAUAUCCUCAUGGACUUCAUAAUCCUCGCCCUCCCCGUCCCGAUGAUCUGGGGCCUACAGCGAGCAUGGCAGGAUAAGCUCGCCCUGAAUGGUGUCUUCGCCAUCGGCGCCUUCGUCUGCUUCGCCAGUAUUUACCGUAUCGUUGUGCUCUUUUGGAUCAAACCAGAGGACACCACCUACACCGUCUACCAGGCAACCCUCUGGACUCAUAUCGAGCCCGCAGUUGGUCUGAUCUGCUCCUCUCUCCCUAUCAUUCGCGGUCUUUUCCCAAGAUUCAAGAUCCCCGGGACUCGCAGGUAUGCCACCGCGCCGUACUAUAUCAAUACCGACAUCAGUACCUCCAACUUUGUCAUGUCGAGUCAGAAGUCGCCUGCUUCGGCAUACUUCAAGAUGGAGGAGAGUAUGGUGUCCCGUGCCACAAGUGAUAGCAAUGUCCCGAUUGAUAGGGAACGCCUUGGUCCUAUGGGUAUUGCCGUUCGCACUGAUUUUACUAUCAGUAAGGACUCAGCUUCAGUGAAGUCUCAUUCUUGA